AUGGCGACGGGGAUGCUUGGAGGGAGGGAGAUGCGGGGCGGGCGAGGGCGCGGGGCCGGAGGGGACCUCCGAGGGGAGCCCGGAGCGGGCUUGGGCCGGCGGCAGGACCGGGCCCUCGGCGGGGGCAUCUACCUGCUGCGGGAGAUGGGCCCCGCAGCCUUCCUGCUGAGGGAGGAGCAGCCCCAAGCCCAAAACUUCCGAGUAUAUCUUGGAGAUCCGCAUUCUUGUAAUUGUACCACAUUUCUGAAGAGAAACUAUCUCUGUAAGCAUAUCUGUUGGGUUUUGCUGAAAAAAUUCAAGCUUCCAAGAAAUCAUGAAUAUGCUUCGCGUUUAGGUCUUGGGGAACGAGAGAUCGAUGAAAUUCUGAAUGGAUUACAUCAAGGUCAGAGAACUCAACUUGACCAAUCCGCUAAAGUUCCACAAAAAGAAGAAGAUGGCCAGAUUAAACAGAAAACAAUUGAUACGCAGGAUGUCUGCCCUAUCUGUCAAGAAGUAUUAUUGGAAAAAAAGCUUCCAGUCACUUAUUGCAGGGACGGUUGUGGUAACAGUGUUCAUAUCAAAUGUAUGAAGAUCUGGGCUGACCACCAAGGCGAUUUAAAGGCCGACUCUCUGGUGAAGUGUCCUCUGUGCAGGGCAGAGUUCGCACCAUUAAAGCACAUUUUGGAGGAAUUUAGAAACUCCAGCAAACUUGUGACAGCAGCGGAGAAAGAACCCCUGGACAAACACCUGGGAAUCCCCUGUAAUAACUGCAGAAGAUUUCCAAUUGAAGGAAAAUGUUACAGGUGCACUGAAUGUGCCGAUUAUCACUUGUGCCAUGAAUGUUUUAACAGUUGCUGCCAUCCCUUGCAUCUUUUUGUCUUUCGAAAGAAAAGGAAUCAGAAGUGGAGAUCACUUGAGAGAAAUUCCCAAUUGCCUCUUCCAGAUGGAAAUGGCAGAAGAACAGAUCCUGAAAAAUACAAUGAAGAAGAUAUGCUACCCCUUCAAGAAAGGCCCAGUUGCACCCCAAAGCACGUUAUUAAGAUAUUGCCGCUCAUUCCAGUCACGAAGAACAGUAAGCUGCUCUCCCCAGGACUCCAGUGUCGACUCUGCUUGAAGAGUUUUUGCCCUGGUCAAGAUGUCAGAUUCCUGCCGUGCAAUCACAAGUUUCACAGGGAAUGUAUCGACGGCUGGCUACUUUACAGAUGCAAUUCAUGCCCCAUUGAGGGACAAGUUAUAUACAAUCCUUUAACCUGGAAAGAUACAACACUUAACGGGAAGAUAAAUAACGCCGAGUCUCAGGCCAGUAUCACCCACUUAGAAAAGCGCACGGAACCAGAGCUUUUUGUACCUGGAAUUCGAUUAUUCUUCAAGCAACCUAGACGUGAAAAUGCACAAAAAUACCUUCACCAUAAUUCAGACAGACUGCAGGCAGAAACAACAGAUCCCAAUCACGGUUUGCCAUUAGAUAGCAAAUGCUGUUUCAAAUCGGGCGACUGUAACUCUGACUUCCGUAAUGAUAACGGAAGUCAACGUUUCUCCAGUUACCUUCGAGAUGUAUCGUUUGGCAUCUUUGGAAACAGGUCAUCUGAAAGGUUUCUUCCUUCUCUCGCUUAUCAAAAUAUGCUUUUUACUAGCAAGAAAGGCCCAUCUAUCAAUGGGGGCGUCUGCUACGCGGAUCCAAAUAGGAAGGGAACUAAAGUUUUUCCUAGAAACUCUGGUAAGCUGAAGAAGACCGUUGGCGCUGAAAGUAGGAGAGACAACCUACCUUCAGUUGCCACAUGCCCAAGAGACCUAAAUCUGGUGGCUAAUUUAGCUUCAACUUCCCAUCGUCAUCUGAACAGGUCUCCCAAGCCCGCGGGGAAGGUUGGUCUGCAGAAUCAUCUAUCCAAGUGGCACAAAUUGAAUCCUCUGAGCCCUCAAGCCACAGAGAUGUCUUUCGUAAUGAAAGGCUUUCCAUUAACCAGAAGUUAACUUGAAUAAGUAGCAGAAGAGUCAUUUGUAAGAUUGCUGUAUUUGCACAAUUUUAAAUCCAUUUUGUAUCGGCUAAUUACAGGUACUAUUUUUACAAGUCGUUUUUGUGAUCCAUGCUACAGAUAACGAAUAUUAAAUGCAUUAUAACCCAAUUGUCUUUCAAGGGGGAAAGGAUAUACCACCUUUAUUUUAAAGUACCCUUGUCAGAUAGAAUGGCCCUGACACCUAUCAGAAUAAAGUUCUAUUGUCCUGGUAAAUAAAUCUAGUUUACUAUUGUAGUCAUGUG